AGGGCAGGAGCGUAACAUUAUUUUGUGGCAAGAAGCUAUCAUAAUGAUGAAAAUCAGGAAGGAUUGUACAGUGCACCUAUGCGACCACAAAGGGUAGCUGAAAGUCAUGGGUACGGCAUACGUGAUGACUUGGCAUACGUCAACCAAACCAACAUUGAAGAUGCAUCUUUGAGACCACAAAGGUUAACUGAAGGACACCAUUACGGCAUACCCGAUAAUAUGGCAUACGUCCACCAAAAUAGUUAUGAAGGUGCAUACAUGAGUUCUAAACCGGUUAAUGUGAAAAUACCUUCUUUUACAGGCAAAGUAGACUGGUCAACUUGGAUAGCCCGCUUUGAAGCAUUGGCUUACAGAUAUAGAUGGGGACGCGAAGAGAAACUUGACCAACUGCUGCCUAGAAUAGAGAGUCAGGCUAGCGAGUUUGUGUUUACACAACUGCAUUCAUCUGUUUUACAGAAUUAUGAAGAUUUGAUAGCUGAGCUCAGCAGCCGUUACCGUAAAAUUGAAACAGCCGGGUCGUUUGCUGUAAAGUUCAGCAACAGGGUGCAAAAGCAGGGUGAACCGGUGGAAGAGAACGCUGCAGAUCUGAAAGCAUUGUAUGAGAUGGCUCACAGAUACAGAUAGCAGGACAAGAGACGAAGAUCUUGUGCGUAGGUUUCUGGAUGGAUUGCUUGACGGAGACAUUAGAUUUCAAGUAGAAUACUACAAGGAACCAGCAAACAUCGAUGAGGCUGUCUUCCAUGUAGUGAACUUUAUACAGACACGAAAUUUCAGGAGGCUGAACAUGAGGGAUAAAGAGAGUUUUACCAGACGGAUGCUGGAAGAACAGUGUGCUGGUAAUCCAAAAAUUCAGACUUGUGAUGGUGAUGACAACAGUCAAAGUACUGAGAAGUAUGAUGGGUGCUGGAGCAUGGAUGACCAUGAAUGCAUGUAUAUAAACAGAAUUCCGGGCUGUAGGAAAAUAGAAAAUGACAGAAGUAACCAUACAGAUUACUCAAUCUAUCAAGACAGUGAACAAAUGAAGCUACUUCACCAUAUACUGGAGAGACUGUCAAACCUUGAAAAGGUAGGAGAACCUAACGGGCGGGCGGAUCACAACAAAAGAACAGCCACGGAAGAUAUGGAGUGCUUCCAUUGCCAUAAGAAUGGACAUUUGGCAAGAAAAUGUCCCUUAAAGAAGACCAGAGAUAGGAGGACCGACGACACGACAACGCAAAAGAUAAACAGACCUUUAAACUUUAAGGGACCGGCUCUUUCGGCCGAAGGGCAGUCCAAGUAAAUGAUAAAGAAAAGGACACAGACACUGCCAGGAACAAGGACCAAAGAAGUGAAGUAGCAGCUCACGAAGCAGACGAAAAUAGGGAGACAAGUUAUGGAAUUUAUAUUGAGGGUAGUGUUGAAGGGAUGCC